AUGGGUAUUUGUUAUUCGAAGAUUGAAAACAAGGAUUCUGAAUGGCCGAGCGAAAAUGAGUAUGAUAAGAAGAUAAAUAUGAAGUUAAAGAAGAGUAGUUCAGGUGAGUUUGCAGCAUUUUUUAGCAAGUUAAGUGGUGGUGGCGGCGCGGUAGUCGCAGCAGCGGAGGAGCGGGCGCUACACCAGAUUCAGGGCCGGCUUUUCUCCAGUGGCGCAAACAGCAUAUCCUGCUUAUACACUCAGCAAGGGAAGAAAGGAACCAAUCAGGACGCCAUGAUCGUUUGGGAGAAUUUUUGUACGAGAAGCAAUACAAAUGCAAUAUUUUGCGGUGUGUUUGAUGGGCACGGUCCUUUUGGUCAUAUGGUUGCAAGAAAAGUUCGGGAUUCUCUUCCUCUCUUGCUGCGUGAGGAGUGGGAAGCCAAAUCCGAUAUCGAACAAAUUACUGCAGGCGAGAAUGGGAACCAUGCAGGAAUGCUUCGUUUUGAAGAGUUCAUGGAUGGUGAUGGAUUUGAUUCAAUUGAAGUUGACGAUAAUGAGAAACUCCCCGAGAUGCAUAUGCCGCUUAAGAGGUCAAUAUUAAAAGCUUUCAAGUUAAUGGAUAAGGAACUGAAGUUGCAUCCUACCAUUGAUUGUUUUUGUAGUGGAACAACGGCAGUUACUUUGAUAAUGCAGGGUCAGGAUCUCAUAAUCGGAAACAUUGGUGACUCAAGAGCAGUGUUAGCAACAAGAGAUGAGGACAAUUCUUUGAUGGCUGUACAGUUGACUGUAGAUUUGAAACCCAAUCUUCCAAGAGAGGCUGCUAGGAUCCAGAAAUGUAAAGGAAGGGUUUUCGCAUUGCAAGAUGAGCCUGAAGUUGCACGUGUGUGGUUGCCCAAUAGCAAUUCACCUGGUUUGGCGAUGGCCCGAGCAUUUGGUGACUUUUGUUUGAAAGAUUUUGGUUUAAUUUCUAUCCCAGAUGUUUAUUACCACAACAUCACUACGGGAGACGAGUUUGUUGUUCUCGCCACUGAUGGGGUAUGGGAUGUCCUCUCCAAUAAGGAAGCAGUGGAAAUUGUGGCCUCGGCUCCUGGUCAUGCAACAGCCGCCAGAGCUCUUGUAGACUGUGCAACUAGAGCAUGGAGACUCAAGUACCCGACAUCAAAGAAUGAUGACUGUGCCGUUGUGUGUCUCUUCCUGCAACAAGUAUCUGGUGCUAAUGUGGCUAGAGCACAAAAUAAAAGCAGUACAGCAUCGGAAGUGGAAAUGAUCAUUAGAGAAGGGGGCACCGAGGGCUCAAAUAUUGACGUCAUAGCUGCUUGUGCUGAUCUUGUACAUUCAGAUAACGCGGAAGAGUCGGGGGCUAUUGUGGCUAAAGCACAAAAUAAUCUCACUACAGACUCGGAAAUAGAAAUGAAGAAUGUCCCUAAAGAAGGGAAUACUGAGGGCUCAAAUAUUGACUUCGUAUCUUCUUGCACAGAUCUUCUUGUACAUUCAGAUAACGUUAUAGAGACGGGGGCUAAUGUGGCUAAAGCACAAAAUAAUAUCAGUGCAGAUUCCUUGGAAGUGGAAAUGAAGAACGUCCCUAAAGAAGGGGGCACCGAGGGCUCAAAUUUCGACGUCACUUCGUGUGCUGAUCUUCCUGUACAUUUAGAUAACGUUGAAGAGUCUGGGAAUAAUAUCACUACAGACUCAGAAGUGAAAAUGAAGGUCCCUAAAGAAGGGGGCACCGAGAGCUCAAAUACUGACAUAGUAGCUUCUCAUGCUGAUCUUGUUUUACAUUCAGAUAGCAUCAAAGAGUCGAGCGAGAUAGAGUCCGUGGUCGAGCCAGUGGAGGAGAAGCUACUGGAGAGGAUUCAUGACCACCACUCAAAGAGGAGCCUAGCCGAGUGCCUUUCGACUACAGAGGAUGAGGAAUGGUCAGCCCUCGAAGGUGUUACCCGUGUUAAUAGUCUACUUAGUCUUCCGAGGUUCUUGUCUUUCGAGAAAAGAUCUGCGAGUUGGAGAAAAUGGUUAUGA